AUGGCCACCACCUCAUUAUUUCCAACUCCAGUUCCUAGACGAAAAUAUCCUGUAGAAUUUAAAGCUGGAAUUCUUAAACGUGAUGGUGAAACUAACUGGUUAAAGCCAGAUGAGAGAAAAGGAUUAAUUUAUAUGGAUCAGACUGAAGAUGGAUUGAUGCAUUUUUAUUGGAAAGAUAGAAAGUCCACAAAUGCGGAAACAGAUUUGAUAAUUUUUCAGGAUGAAGCAGAAUUUAUCCGAGUCGAGCAAUGUACAACUGGCCGUGUUUACCUUCUUAACUUCAAAUCAUCAAAUCAAAAAUUAUUUUUUUGGAUGCAAGAUGCAAAAGAUGAUAAAGAUGAAGAUAAUACUGAAGAUGGAUUGAUGCAUUUUUAUUGGAAAGAUAGAAAGUACACAAAUGCGGAAACAGAUUUGAUAAUUUUUCAGGAUGAAGCAGAAUUUAUCCGAGUCGAGCAAUGUACAACUGGCCGUGUUUACCUUCUUAACUUCAAAUCAUCAAAUCAAAAAUUAUUUUUUUGGAUGCAAGAUGCAAAAGAUGAUAAAGAUGAAGAUAAUUUUUGGAAUGGAUCAAGAACAAUUGUUUCAAUUACUUCAAAUAAUUUUUCUAGUUCUACAAAUACACCUGCUAGUGAACCGCUAUCAGCCACUACUGGUACAACUGAAACAGGUGGCGGAAGAUCAAGUACCGCUACCAAUACAGGCGCAAGCACUACGAGAACUGCUGCUGCUAUUGCUGAUUCAUCAGCUUUUUCAGAGGAACAAUUGGGUAGUUUGCGAGAUAUUUUGGCUAAUAUACAGGUUCCACAAGAUGAAAGUGGCGAAAAUAGAAGUCGAGAUAUCAGUCUCGCAGAUGUUCUUAAGCCUGAUGCGCUUAGACCAAUAUUUAGUAAUCCUGAAAUAGCAUCAGCUGUGUUUCCUCAUCUUCCUCCAAAUAUUGAUCCAACAACCGAGGAAUUAAUGGAAGUGAUUCAUAGUCCACAAUUUCAUCAGUCACUAGCAUCAUUAACUUAUGCUUUGCAGUCUGGUCAAUUGGGCCCUCUCUUAUCUCAACUUGGUAUAGAUCCUGCUAGUAACAGCGUCGAAUCAUUCCUUCGCGCUAUUGAAGAACAAGCCAGAAGAGAAGAACGACACGACGAUGAUCCUGCAGUACUGGCAGAUUACAUCAUUGCUCUAUUACAAAACGACAAAUCGAGUCAGGAUUUAAGACAAACAUGUAUAGAUCAGCUUGACGACUUUCUUAAAGAAGAAACUAUUGGCUUUGUAGACAAAUUAUUUAAUUCUUUAUACAACAAAGAGUAUCUUGGUGAAAGUUCUUCAACUAAUGAUAACAAAAAAAAAGCUUAUGAUCAUUCAUCAGACAAAAACGAUUUUUCAUCGGCAAAGUCCGGUGUUAGAAAAAGAGAAGAAAAUGAUAGAAAUUUUAAACGACGGCGUGAUGAACCUGAAGAAGAAUAUCGUUCAAAUAAAAUUCCAAGAAAUAAUUUGAUAGGAAAUAAUCAAAAUUUACCUGGAAAUGGGAAUGGCUAUGCUUCUGAUGAUAGAAAUUUUAAACGACGGCGUGAUGAACCUGAAGAAGAAUAUCGUUCAAAUAAAAUUCCAAGAAAUAAUUUGAUAGGAAAUAAUCAAAAUUUACCUGGAAAUGGGAAUGGCUAUGCUUCUGCUUCUGGUCGUUGGAUAAAUGAAUGGAGUGGUAAUGGAAUGUCUGCUCCGGUAAAUGAUCGUUAUGAUGACAGAAGAUUGAGAGCUGGAAGAGUAGGAACUGUUGGUAGCAGAGGUGGUUCUGUUAUGAUUAAUCGUGCUGGCUACCCUGAGAAUAGACCGACUGGAAGACGUCAGCGAUGUCGAGAUUAUGAUGAAAAGGGAUAUUGCAUGCGUGGCGACCUUUGUCCUUUUGAUCAUGGGGCUGAUAGAAUUGUGGUAGAUGAUGUUCAAUUAAAUCGACCGUAUGAUAUUAUGCCACCUAUCACUUCAGCUUUAUCUGGCCCAGUUGGUUUAAUUGGCGGUCCUCCUAGACCACCUUUUUAUUUAACUGCACCUGCCGUUCGUGGUCAAUUUGAGCUGGAUCCAGGAUUUUCUUCACAAACAUCUAGAUCUAUGACACCAACUGCCGACGCUUAUGAUCCUGAAAGAGCUACUUUAUCAAGGCCUGAAGAAUUGUUGACAUCCAAAUCACUUGAACAAAAUGAAGUCGUCGAAGGUCAAACUGAAGAAGGCUCUGUUAACGAAACUACUGCAAUUACAUUGACACCAACACCACCUGUCGCUGCUUUUUUAGAUGCAAGCUUACAACAACAAUCCGCACAUAUUAAUGUUAGUGGUGCUGGAACAACAUUUAGAGGUCGUGCCCAAAGAAUACCUAAUGAAUUUUGUAAUUUGGAUAAAGUGAAUGAAUUUUUUAAGAAAUUCGGUAUAAUCACCAACAUCAAUGUUGAUGUUACUAAUCAAAAGGCAAUAAUCCAGUUUAAUAGUAAUCAAGAUGCCCAGAAAGCCUAUAAUUCUCCAGAACCUAUUUUUGGCAAUAGAUUUGUUAAGGUAUAUUGGUUUAAGGAAAAGGAAGAACAACAGAAUUCUGCAGGAACAAAACAACCAUUUGCAACUUCUAAACAAGAAGCCACCGCUGCUGCUCCCGUUUCUACAGAAUCUUCGGCAAUUCUUGAAAUUCAAAAACAAAGAGAACAAUUAAUUAGGCGACAAAUUGAAGAGUCAAAAAGAUUGAUGGAACUCUCUAAAAAGAAAACUGGUGAUCCUAAAAGUCGAGAAGAAUUACUCAAGACACUUAAUAAAGUUGCACAAAGAGAACAAUUAAUUAGGCGACAAAUUGAAGAGUCAAAAAGAUUGAUGGAACUCUCUAAAAAGAAAACUGGUGAUCCUAAAAGUCGAGAAGAAUUACUCAAGACACUUAAUAAAGUUGGUGAAGGCAUCAAAAAAGAUACAAGUGUGCCAGUUCUUAAACCAAUUACUUCUUCCACUCCAUUUUCAAAAUCUUUAAUGGAAGAAAAAGAACGAGAACAAUUAGAUAGGGAACUUGAUAUUUUAAGCAAAAUUAAUGAAACUGGCGGUCCUCUUGAUUCACCAUCAGUAAAAGGCUCAACUACAGAAGCUUCUUUGCAAACAAAUCCUGAGGCUAUACAAAAUGAUCCUUCGGAAAUUUCUAUCACAAAUAAUUUGGGCGAUUCAAUUUACCGUGGACGUGGACGUGCUUCUAUUUUUUAUGGUAGGGCUCGCGGUUGGCCAAGA